ACCACUAUAAAGCGCUGCUCACAUGGACACAGCAACAACCCUUCAACAGGAGACAUCAGCCAGCCAUCUGCAAUCUAGAGGACAUCAGCCAGCCAUCUACAAUCUAGAGGACAUAAGCCAGCCUUCUACGAUCUCUCUGUGUGUGUAGCUAUGAGGAGAGUUGUCCUUCUCUUUCUGCUGUCUCUCUGGCCUGGAGGCAAGGUGGAUGCUAUCAAUGCAGAUGUCUUGGCUCAUGUGGUACAAGAGAUGAGAAGGUACGGCCUGGAGAACCACCAGUAUGCCAUGGCUGUCUUACUCACCCAACAGCAGUGCACCCAAAAUGGAGCGAUCUUUGAUGUAGGCGUGCAACCUCAGGUUGUCCAGAACACACUUCAGCAUUAUAGUGUCUACAUAGGAGACCGGCUCAUCGCAGCCAUACCUGACACCUUCCAUGCUGAGUACCUUCUCUUGGGGCAUGAUAAAACCAACCCCAGCAAAAUGCAGACUCUGUUAACAGCAGCAAAGCCAAAUGACUGCAUCGUCUUCUUCUCCACCUACUCUCCCUGCCUGGAGAGAUGCAACUUCCCUGAUGGAGCAACCAGCAUUCUCCCCUUCAUGACCGUCUUCAACGGCUGGAACGCCAACCGGAAGGCCUUUGUCUUCUCCUCGGUUUGGGACCCUACAAAUUACCAUCCAGAAGUGACCAAACCGACUAAGCAGCAGGUGUUUGACUCCUUCAGGAGAAUAGAUGGAUACCUCCCUUUAUAUCGCUGUGUCAGAUUCAAGGAAAACAAUAAAUGGGUCAACAGAUGUUACCGUUGUAUCACUGCCAACACAAAUGCUGAGACCAAUGACUGUCUGUAUGGAUACUAAUAGUGUACACUGUCUGUAUGGAUACUAAUAGUAUACACUGUCUGUAUGGAUACUAAUAGUGUACACUGUCUGUAUGGAUACUAAUAGUAUACACUGUCUGUAUGGAUACUAAUAGUGUACACUGUCGGUAUGGAUACUAAUAGUGUACACUGUCUGUAUGUUGGAAAUAUAGAACUGUAUAUUUUCUUUCUUUCCCUCUCUCUGUCCAUCUCUCUCUCUGUCCAUCCCUCUCUCUCUGUCCAUCUCUCUCUCUGUCCAUCUCUCUCUGUCCAUCCCCCUCUCUCUGUCCAUCUCUCUCUCUGUCCAUCUCUCUCUCUACACAGUUCAUUAAAGUUCACCAUAGCGCAACA